CAGACUUCAGUAUGUCAUUAAUUUUAAUUCAUAUAGCGAUCCACCAAUCCUAGACCGCAGUACGUUUCCAUUUGGCAUAAGCAACAGGAUUCACUCGGGAAGAACACACUUUAACAUUCUUAGCUGAAUGACCGUUAUGUUUUUUUUCUGUGGAUGUAUCGCGAUCCGACCAAAGUUGUUUGGCCAGACUCACGAAGUUGAGAUGUUUUAAAAUCAAAUUUCCUGUUGGUGUGUAUUCUAUCAUAAUUUCAGAGUUCAUGUUGUGUCUGCUCAACAGUUCGUUUCCUCGAGAGAAAGUUCUGAUCGCACAACUGAUUCUACCACAAUCAUAAGCGCACAAGGUUGGCAUGAAUCAUCAUCAAGACUUGAAAGACUACAAAUCACUCUAAAACCAUGAAUAUCACCCCUAUACCCACUCUCAUGUCGCACGAUGAAGACAACUUCCUUCAGCGAGUCAGCGUCGCCAUACUCCUCUGCAUUAUAUCUUUUCUUGGUAUCGUAGGAAAUACGCUUACCAUCUUCUCUGUGAUUGUAUGCAGAAGGUUGCAGAUAUUACCAAACGCAUUUGUCGUUAGUCUUAGCCUCAGUGACUUCCUCAAUUGUUCCAUUAACAUCCCUGUCCAAGUGAUGGCGCUGAUACUCCAAGACGAAGGAAGCGUUUUCCGUUUUGUCUGCAUGUCUUCAGCCAUUCUGAAUUAUUUACUGAUCACGUGCAGUGUAUCAAUGCUCGAUUUGAUCGCCAUAAAUCGUUAUAUACUGAUCACCAAGUCGCAUCGAAUAUACAACUGUCUCUAUAACAAAAGAAAUAUGGUGAUGGCGAUAGGUGGUGUUUGGUUCUCCUCUGCUGUAGUUCUAAUUACUCUAGGACCUACCGGCGUUGUUGCUUAUGGUUUUCAAGAAAAUCUGUCGCUGUGUCAACUUCGAGAAGAAAGUCGCGUCAUUGAUGUUUUCUGCGGAUUGCUCUUCGCUGGUUCGUUGAUAAUCAUCUCAUCGUGUUACACGAAUAUAUACAUCCAUGUAAGAAAACAUUUGCGCCAAGUGGCUCACAUUAGACUUGGUCCCAGCAGAGCCACACCGAGUACAACGGCUCAGACCAACUCAUCGGGGAAUAUCAGUAAUAUCAUACCAGUUGAAACGAUAAGUGGCCAGUCGCAUUGUACAGAGGCUUCUCCAAGACCCGAUGAAAAGGAGAACAGUCCCGUGGAUGAGACGGAGAAUCGGAUAACUAUGAAUAUGAUUAUCAUCGUGGUUUGUUUCUUUUCGUGCAUGUUACCUACAUUGGUCAUUGUCUUGUUACCGGGUACACAGUCUUCAGGUCUCUUUACAGUCUUCUUCUUAUACUCGGCAUCAUGUUGUAAUCCUAUCAUCUACGCUUGGAAGCAUCCCGUAUUCAGGAAGGUAUUCAAGUGCAUCUUUAAAAGGAGGUGGGCUGAGAUUGAGGAGCCAUCACCGUGGUUACGGUCUAUGUUACCAAGAUGAUGGGGUUAAGGACAUUGACCUAAAAAAUCAUAUUUCAUAAACUAUAGCCGAUGAGAAGGUGCAAGUAUAAUUUCUUGGUGUGAUAUUCAUUGUCAGUAUAUAAUAACUUCAUAGACGGAGAAUGUACUACUUGUGCGUGUUCCAAUGACAUUUUAUUUUUGAACUUGGAUAAAUUUCUAAACUAUAGGCUUAACCCAUCGGAAGAUGGGAUAAAGGUAAUGGAACAAUGAGCAUGCAGGAAACAUUACUGGAAGAAAAUGAAAGUUUGAUGAAAAAUAUCAUUCCAUUGAUGUUUUAUAUAACAAUGUCCACGUGAAAUGUUGAAAUUGUUUAAUCAAAAACAUGAAUGAACAUCAUAACAGCCUUCAAGAAAUAAUCUCAAUUCACGAGUCUCAUUUAUUUAUUUUCAAGCCGUAUCACCUUGCAUUAGGAUACAACGUGAACGUAUGUCUUCACAUGUGGAAAUUCUCUUUCUUGCAAUCUUUGUGUUUAAAAUUUGGGAUUCUCGAGGUUUUAUCAAGCUAGUAAGCAAAAUUAUUUAAAAUCAUAUAUAAUACAUAAAUGAUGUAUGCCUUAACUGAAUUUUCACACUGUAUACAGGGAUUUAGUGGUUAUUGUUAUGGGUGAUAAGCUAAUACUCAUGACAUGGGUUCCACCCCAUGAUUUUUUUUCAAAACGGGAGUAAAAAAAGAAAAAGGGAGAAAAAAGAAAGAAAAACAACACCACCUUUAGAUCAUAUUGCCCCCAUCUUUUAUCAAAAUACCCUGGCGCUAACCAUGCAAGGACAUCAUCAUCAUCUACUUCAGCAUUAUCUAUCCAAGCAAAAUUACGUUUCAGAUAGCACUUCUUGAAACAAUAUUAACUGCAAGGGCAAUUACAAUUUGACUGACUGAAUUUCACUGAAAAUUCAUGUUAAAAGUAUAGACGAACUGCUUAAUAAAAUAAUAAACUGGAUAAUUUCCCUCUACCCAAAUUCAGCAGUAAGUCCAUUCGGUAUUAUGUAAUCAGGGGUCAAAUUUUCUAGGGGGAAACUAUUUACCAUUUUGGGGUUGAUUAUCACCUUUUUUUUGCUCGUCUAAUUCUAGAGGAGGCAUUAUGUCUAUCCAUUUUAUAUCCAUAAUUAUCUUUAUGGAUGACGAGAAAUCACUUUUUUUAUUUAACCUCAUCAAAAACAGAGUUACACGGGGUUGAUGAUUAUCGCAUGAAGUUAACCACAUUAUGUGUGAAAGUUUAUACGAACGUAUAAUCCACUUUAUAUUCAACUUCAGACCAUUAGUUUUGAAAUUAUGGUUUACAUCCAGGGACAAUUUCGAGCAUUCGCGUUACAAAUCAAUUCCAUUAAAAAAAACAAUGAUAUCAAAUAUAUUGCAUAGAUAUAAUUUGUAUCACAAGUAUGAAGUCAGAUAAUGUAAACUUUAGAUUAUUUGUGCCAAUUCUAUUGAACGAUUAAGAAGUAACGUCACAUGAUGUAUACUCGUUAUAAAUCGUCCAAUUUUCAUAAGCGUUUCUUGAUUAUCAAUUUCUUUUUUGUUUUUCAAUAACUGGAAUAGAAAAUUAUCUGAAAUAAGGCUACUGAACGGGACAAAUCAGAACUCCGAAGUGCAGCCACUGAUACACGCCCCUUAGGAGCUAAAUUAGCUCUUCAGUUUUUUAAAGUGUAUAAUAGUAGUUUGACAAAAUAUACAUAUUGUCGAAUAAAUGAUAUAGUUAUUCAAUUCAAUCAGUUCUUUAUUCUUCAGGAGUAUAGCUUCCCUAUUUUCUUUCACUUUCUCUUUGUAUUUUGUCUAACAUCUACAUGUUACCUAGCAUGACUUACCAUUUAGCAUUUUUCGUAAUGAUUCAGGAAAAUGUGGACAAAUCAAAUCAGCAUUCUACUUUUCAUAAUUACUAUAUAUUCAACGAGGGAGAGAGAUUAUAUAUAAUGGCUAAGAGGUUUUGAAUGGAAACUACAGUCACACCAACGUUACUUACUCCAAUCCAGUACCAAAUUGACAUUUGGAAUAGCUUUGAUCUGUCAGGAGUCGGUGUCAUUUUGUGUGAUUAGAGACUUUAUGAUACAGCACGGGAAAGUUUCCGAGAACGCUAACUACAAUAGGAAUCAUUGGAAUAAAAUGAUCAACCACGAUCGAUUCCUCUUCCACGCAUUCGCAAAAAUAAUCGUUUUCGUCUCGUGUAUUUCUAUGGCUUUAUUAGAAGAAUAAAAAUAGAAUAGAGAACAAAUCAAUAAUUCCAACCCUUGCGUGCAUGGGAAAAAUUACAUUUUAAUACAUUACCUUACCUCUAUGACGACUGAAUUCUAUUGUAGUUGUUAAUUGUUAAUAUCAAUUUCCUGUGCUGUUAUGUUAAGUCCGCAUUGUAGUAUGACAUUAUAGAGAAGGAAGAACUAAGAAUGGGGGAGGGUGUAGAACGUUGCAAUAAAGCAAGAUAAACAGCAGGGAGGGCGGAAACAGUGGCGUAAAG